AGAAUCAAGUCAUGGAACCUUGGAUUACUCGUAAUGAAAUAAAUAAACGAACUCAACUUCCAGUAGAUGAUGAACCAGGAAAAUUUAUUAAAAAAAAACCAUCAUCUACAAAUUCAAUACGUCCAAGACCACGAAUACCUUUACCAAAAAAUCCACAAAUAUUUGAGGAAAUUAAAUAUUCAUCUGAAUAUGACAGUGAUUGGCAGCCAAAUUUUGAUGAAAUAACAGCUGAUAUUCAAGCGUUAAAUGGUGGACCACUUUGUACUGAUGCAAUGCUUGUUAAUGAAUGGAAACAAAAGCUAAAUAAUUCUACUGAAAAUAAAGAUGACGAUAACAAAAACAACAACGUCGAUGAUAUCUUAAUUAUUAACAAUGAUGUUGAUGACAAGAGAAAAAACAAAAAAAAAAGAUCAUCAAGACGAAGAAAUCGUCCAUUAUUUUCCAACAAUGUAUUGAUGAGAAACUUGGUGCAAAAAGAUCAAACUCGUCAUGAAAAUAUUGUUGAAAUCAAAAUGAAAAACUUAAAAGUUUAACAAUUAAUUCUUGUUAUAAAAAAAAAUGUUAAUACAUUUAAAGACUAUAAUUAUUAAAUUAUAAUAUAUAAAAAAAAAUAAUUAUUAUAUAACAAAUCAAUUAAUUAUUUACUCUGAUUUACAGUAUGAAUUUUGACACAUUUAAUUAUAAAAAUUGAUGAUAAAAUAUGUUUUUAUUAAUACAAACUCAUUUUUUUUUUUUAUAUAUUCACUGUGUGAUGCAAUAAAAAAAAUACUAUAUUAUUUAUCAAAUAUUUCGUUAAAUAAAUAAAUCAAAUUAAACAUAAAAAUUAUAAUAUCUAAAAAAAAAAUAUUACCUGUAAUUGAAUUAUAAAAUUAAAAAGAUAAAAUAAAUAACAACAAUUUUUUUUUGAUAAAAA